UUUCUCUCUCUGCGGAGCGGCUCAUCUUCUUCUAUCGUGAUGACCGGACGAGGUCGACUUGCACAGUAGCAGAGAAUCCUCAAGAAGCCAAAAAAGUUAACAGUUCAUAAGCUCCGUCUUCGCUUGAUUUCGGGUCGAUUUCGAUUGAGCAGAUACUUGAAGUCGUUUGAUUCGAUAUUCCCCAGUUAUACACGUCUGCAUACAUGGAAAUCGCUGGAUUUAUCAGUCGUUUUGCCGAUCAUCUGAAGCAUUUCGUACUACUAUUCUAAACCUCCAAGAUUUGAGUUCGAACUUCGGAGAACCCUGUAUUUACAAGUUCAACUCCCGCAAUGGAGUCUGAAAACGGAGUUGUCUUGGAGCAUUCAAAUGGUGUCAUUGAUGUAACUCCUGCAGUGGAAAGUUGCGCUUUGAAUGUAAACAAAGAGAACGAGAAUGCAGACAACGUUGCAGAUGUUUCGCAGAUGAAUGUCAUCUCUGAAAAUGUGUCAGAAGUUGAUGGCGUUGAUUCUUCUGCUGCAGAGGCUCAAGCUGCUAUGGCUGUGGAUGGAAGUAAAGGAUCGAAUCCUUCUAAGAAAGCUGGAUCUGGUCGCAAUGAUGGUUUGAAAAACAAUAAAAUGCCCAAAGAUCAAGCGAACCGUAAGGCUCCAAUAACAGUUGCUCGGACCCAGCGGCCAAGCCGCCUUUCUCAAAGUCUUUCAUUCCCAGCAAGAGGAAUUCUCGCAAACGGUUUGAAGAAGACCACCGAUAGCAAGCCAGUGAAAACCAAUGCAAAACAAACCCAAACAAAUGGGACGGGAACUGAGGUACCAGUUCCCAGUGGGCAGGGCUCUACAACUUCUCGUCAGAAUCUUCCCAAGAGGCGAGGUUCCGCUGGUCUGAGUUCAGAGAGUGCAAAUCCAAGUGUCAGUGGGCCUUCUUCAAGGCGGACUACUUUAGCGUCUGUGCCUAGCACUCGACAAUCCCUAGUUGGGAAGUCUAGUUUGGUGAACAAAUCCCUCAAUGAUCCACCGUCCAAAGACUCUCAAUUACAUGAUCAAAACAAAAAGCUGACAACGAAAGCACUGUCUGUUAAAGAUGAUGAGGAUGCACGAUCAAGUAGCUCCACUCCUCGUUCUCAACGGAGGAUCAGUGGUUCUGGAUUUAACUUCAGGUUGGAUGAGCGUGCUGAGAAAAGGAAAGAGUUCUUUUCGAAGCUAGAAGAGAAGAUUCAUGUGAAGGAAGUAGAAAGAACUAACUUGCAAGCCAAAACAAAGGAGAGUCAAGAGGCAGAGAUCAAGCAACUUAGGAAGAGCUUGACAUUUAAGGCUGCACCAAUGCCAAGUUUCUACAAAGAACCUCCUCCAAAGAUUGAACUGAAGAAGAUACCAAUAACACGUGCAAUUUCGCCAAAGCUUGGAAGACACAAAAGCUCCAGUACUGCUGCAGAAAAUUCCUUGGAAGUUGGUGGAACUUGUCGGAGCCCACGUCCAAGCGUGGACCACAAUAGGUUGGCCAAAGGAGAAAUGGAAAACCAUAAUGGAGAUUCUGCUGCUUCAAAGAAGCCUCUUAGAAAAUCCCUCUCUAAUCUCUCAUCUCAGAAAUCCAUGAAGUAUGCAGAAAAGCCUCUCAAGUCAAAAUCAAAAACUACAGAAGUAGGAAAUGUAAACCAGAAUGAAGAAACCCAAGAAAACCAAGACAAAUCUCUUGACUCCGUUGACCCUGAAGCAAGGACUGAAGUGGAGUGUGACAAGAACCCCACAGAUAAAGAUGAGACAAUUAUGCUACCUGAACCUGAAAUUACUUCUGAAGAAGUUGGUGUCAAAGGUUAAAGGUGUGAUCUCUGUUCUGAUUCUAUGUUGUCCAAGGUGUUUGUUUGUGAAUAGUAAGAGUAAGUCGGUCUAUAUUUUUGUUUUUUGACAGAUUGAAGUAAAUACAGUCAGGUGUUUUCUUUUGCGAUCUACCUUUUUUAGCAGACAUUAGUCAUAUGUGUAAAUUAGUUUCCUUUGUUUUUCCUUUAUUCUCUCUUUAUUCAAGGCUUUCCAAUGAAAUUAACAUUUAUAUAUUUUAUUCUUUCAAUUAAACGUGGAGGGUGUCAUUCAUCUGAA